UUCCAGGAUGUUCCAUCCCUAGCGCUCCGGCCGUGCUCAGGAUGUCGGCCCUUCCCGAGCCGUCGGGAAGCGGCUCCGGACGCGGCGUCUCCCCGGACGCGGAUCCCUGGGCGGGAACGGGACCGGGGCCGGGGAUGGAGGCGGGAGCGGGUCCGGAGGCGUCCAAGGAGGGGCAGGAGGAGCAGGAGGAGACGCGGAUCCUCAAGGUUUGCUUCUACAGCAACAGCUUCAACAUGGGCAAGAACUUCAAGCUGGUCAAGUGCGCCGUGAGCACCGAGAUCCGGGAGGUGAUCCGGUCGAUCCUGCUGAGCGGUCGGAUCGGGCCGGACAUCCGGUUAUCCCGGUGCUACGGACUGAGGCUCAAACACGUCAAAUCCGACGAGAUCCAUUGGCUGCACCCGGAGCUGACGGUGGGAGAGGUGCAGGACAGGUACGAGUGUCUGCACCUGGAGGCCGAGUGGAGGUACGACCUGCAGAUCCGGUACCUUCCCGAGGAUUUCCUGGAGCGCUUCCAGGAGGACAGGACCACCCUGCUCUACUUCUACCAGCAGCUCCGCAGUGAGUACAUGCAGAACUACGCCAGCAAGGUGAGCGAGGGCAUGGCCCUGCAGCUCGGCUGCCUCGAGCUCAGGAGGUUCUACAAGGACAUGCCCCACAACGCGCUGGACAAGAAAUCCAACUUCGAGUUCCUGGAGAAGGAGGUGGGGCUGGAUCUCUUCUUCCCCAGCCAGAUGCUGGAGAACCUCAAGCCGCGGCAGCUGCGGAAGAUGAUCCAGCAGACGUUCCAGCAGUACGCGCUGCUGCGGGAGGAGGAGUGUGUCCUCAAAUUCCUGCACACCCUCGCGGCCUUCGCCCCCAUCGACCAGGAGAGAUUCCAGUGCCAGCUCGUCCAAGGCUGGAACAUCUCGGUGGAUCUGGUGAUCGGCCCCAGGGGCAUCCGGCAGGUCACCGGCACGGACACCAAGCCCACCUGCCUGGCGGAAUUCCGGGACAUCACGUCCAUCCGGUGCUCGGGGACGGAGGAGGGUCGGGCUCUGCUGCACCUGGGGCUCAGCGGGACCCCCCCGUCCCUGAGCAUCCAGACGGCGUCUCUGGCCGAGGCGGAGAACAUGGCCGAGCUCAUCGACGGGUACUGCCGGAUCCAGCGGGACACGGACACAUCCCUGCUCCUCAGGAAAGGCCAUGUCCCCCUCUCCCCCCGUGUUUUGUGUUUUCCCAUGGAACCAUCCGGGAUCCGGGAUCCCGGGCGCUGGCCCCGCCCCCAACAUUCCCUGCUCCCCUUUUUCCCUGCAGCCCAACACUUCGGGAUCCGCCGGGAAGCCGUGACGCUGGGAAGGAUCCUGGGAGAAGGAUUCUUUGGAGAGGUCUACGAGGGGAUCUACACCCCCCCGGAAGGGGAGCGGAUCAGCGUGGCCGUGAAGACCUGCAAGCAGGAUUGCAGCCCGGAAAACAGGGAGAAGUUCCUCAGGGAAGCAGUGCUGAUGAAGAAGCUGGACCACCCCCACAUCGUGAAGCUCAUCGGCAUCGCCGAGGACGAGCCCACCUGGAUCGUCAUGGAGCUCUAUCCAUACGGAGAGCUGGGGCAGUUCCUGGAGCAGCGGCGGCCGCGCCCGCCCGUGCCCACCCUGGUGCUCUACGCCCUGCAGGUGGGCAAGGCCAUGGCCUACCUGGAGGCCAUCAGCUGCGUCCACAGGGACAUCGCCGCGCGGAACAUCCUGGUGGCCUCCCCCGACUGUGUCAAACUGGGCGACUUCGGCCUCUCCCGGUACAUCGAGGACGAGGAGUAUUACAAAGCCUCCAUCUCCCGGCUCCCCAUCAAGUGGAUGGCUCCGGAAUCCAUCAACUUCCGGCGCUUCACCACGGCCAGCGACGUCUGGAUGUUCGCCGUGUGCGCGUGGGAGAUCCUGAGCCUCGGGAAGCAGCCGUUCUUCUGGCUGGAGAACCGGGACGUGAUCGGGGUGCUGGAGCGCGGCGACCGCCUGCCCAAACCCGAGCUCUGCCCGCCCGUCCUCUACACCCUCCUCACCCGCUGCUGGGACUACGACCCCCGGGAACGGCCCCGCUUCCAGGAGCUCGUCUGCAGCCUCAGCGACAUUUACCUGAUGGAGAAGGAACUGGCCGAGGAGCAGGAGAGGAACCACCGGCAGCGGCCUCCCAAAAAUCGUGGAGCCUCCGGCAUUCCAGAGCCGCCUCCCAAGCCCAGCAGGCUGUACAAGCCGCCGUCCCAGAACAACCUCCUGGCUCCCAAGCUGCUGUUCCAGGUUCCCGAGGGUCUCUGUGCCAGCUCCCCCGCCCUCGCCAGCCCCGCCGAGUGCCCGCCCGGCACCCUCCGCACGCCGCCGCCACACCGGCACGCCGGCGCCUUCCAGCGCCGCAGCAUGAGGGAGGAGGAUUUCCUGCGGCCCAGCAGCCGGGAGGAGGCUCAGCGGCUGCUGGAGCUGGAGAGGCUGCGCGUGGAGCGGGUCAUGGAGCGGCAGCAGAGGGAGAUGCUCGAGGACGACCGGUGGCUGCGGCGCGAGGUGGAGAGCCUUGGUGAGAAAUCCCGGGAAUGUGGGAAUUGGGAAUGGGGGAAUGGGACGAUCGGGUGGCUGCGGCGCGAGGUGGAGAGCCUGGUGAGAAAUCCCGGGAAUCUGGGGAUGUGGGAAUGGGACGAUGGGUGGCUGCGGCGCAAGGUGGAGAGCCUGGUGAGACAGCCCGGGAAUCGGGGAAUGGGGGAAUGUGGGAAUGUGGGAAUGUGGGAAUGGGACGAUGGGUGGCUGCGGCGCGAGGUGGAGAGCCUGAUUUUCUCCCCCUCCCAGGACCCCACGGUGUUCAUGAACAACAACAUUCCCCCGCUGCUCCCGGAGAAGGAGACGGAUUACACGCAGUUCACGGGGCCCCCCCAGAAGCCUCCAAGACUCGGGGCACAGCCGGUCCCGGCGGUGCCGACGGCGGAGCCGGAUCGCCGGGAUGACGCCGUGUACGGGAACGUGACGGAGCUGGUGCGGGCGGUGCUGCGGCUCAAGAACGACAUCGGA